ACGGAGAGGGCGGGGCUGCGCCAUAAGAGCCAAUCAGAGGGCGCAGCAGCGCUUACCGACAACGCUCUGAACCAAUGAGGGCGCGGCGUCUCCCCGCGGAGCAGUUGGCGGCGGCUGGGGAGCUCCCGGGGAGGGCGGCGGCGGAGCCCGGCCACGGGGGGCUGCUGAGCGCCGGGCCCGGCCGCGCCGCCGCCGCCGCCAUGGCGAAAGGGAAGAACAUGCCCAAGGCCAGGGCCGGCGGCGCGGAGGAGGCGAGCCCCGAGAACGCCGAGAGGAAGGGCCCCGGCCGCCCCCGGGCCGGUGGGGAGAAUGUGUUUAUUGGUCAAUCCAAAAUCUACAGCUACCUGAAUCCUAGCAAAACUCCUGGUGCUCGCCCUCCGCUUCAAGAAGAAAACUCGGUCAUGUAUCACGAGGUGAAAUGUCAGGGCAAAACACUAAAUGAAACCAACAGAAAAGGAGAUGAAAAAAAGAAUGGUAGCAAUAUAAUUGAAGGUGCUAUGAAACCAGACGACCAGAAAGAUAAAGAAAGUGGGUGCAAUACUUCGGUACCCUCUUCUGAUCAAAAUCAAGAAACUGCAGAAACUGAAAAGACGCCCCUGCCUUCCGAUGGUGCUGAUGAGGCCAAUGCAAAGCCAGCUCAGAAAAAGAUGGUUAAAACAAAACGUGGACCAAGGAGAAAAACACAAGGAAGAACACCAAAUCGAAAAGUGACAGAUUAUUACCCGGUUAGAAGAAGUUCCAGAAAGAGCAAGUCUGAAUUGCAGACUGAGGAAAGGAGGAAAAUAGAUGAACUAAUAACAAGCGGGAAAGAGGAAGGAAUGAAGAUUGAUUACAUUGAUGGCAAAGGGAGAGGCGUAAUUGCAACUAAACAUUUUAAUCGAGGAGAAUUUGUAGUUGAAUAUCAUGGGGAUCUCAUAGAGAUCACUGAUGCUAAAAAGCGGGAAGCUGUGUAUGCUCAAGAUCCAUCCACAGGCUGCUAUAUGUACUAUUUUCAGUACCUCAGCAAAACGUACUGUGUUGAUGCUACAAAAGAAACUAAUCGUCUGGGAAGACUGAUUAAUCACAGCAAAUGUGGCAAUUGUCAAACAAAACUCCAUGACAUUGAUGGUGUGCCUCAUCUCAUACUGAUAGCUUCCAGAGACAUUAAAGCAGGUGAAGAACUGUUGUACGACUAUGGAGACAGAAGCAAAGCUUCCAUUGCAGCACAUCCAUGGCUGAAACACUAACUCUUCAUCUUUGGGUGUGGUUUUGUGUGGGGGGUUUUUUUUGGACUGGGCGUGCUCUACAAGGAGUCAGUGGAUUUUUAUUUUAUUUUCUCCUGCCCUCGUUUCCCUCAGCUUUCUUAGUGGACUGCUUAAGGUGUUCUGAGCUCCUUGAAAACUACCUUUUUGCUUUGCAGUUUUAAAAUUCCUAUUACAGAUUUCCAGGCAGGCUUGAGUAAUUGACAUUAGAUUGCCAAAACUUUUAUAUUGUAAUAGGAAACCCUCCCUAAAAACCGAACACUUCUUCAUAGUGACUAGUGCCACCUGAGCAUGCAAAGACUUGCACAGAUUGAAAUGUAAUCAUUUGGGUUGUGCUUCUUCUUUUGCAAUGAAAUCUCAUGCUCCGUUUUGUGGGGUGAUGAACUAGGCAUUAGCUUUAUGACAGCAGAUGUACUUUUGUAUGCUGACUCUUACAUCCAAUGGCUUGUCUACUUGUCAGACUUUUUUACAUCCCAGUGCUGACAGGAUUUUUUUUGAGAUGGAUGCUAUUGUUUCUAUCGUUCUCAAAUAAUCUGUGUUAGGGAUCUAAGUUUUUUUCCAGUGCGGUGUCUCUGGCAAUGAACUUUAAAUGCACUUGUGCUGAGGGAAAUGGAUGGUCAAAUUGGCUGCUUUCAUCAGAGAAAUGACUCCAAGCCAAAUGUGGAUGGAUUUUGAUAGACUGGGUUGAUACUGAUCACAAAUGUGGAGCUGUAACUUCACAGUGAGAAUCAAUGCUUGACAUUACUUAUUUUAUAAAUUUGAGAUGGUACCUUUUUAUAGUUGACAGCUGAUUCUUGGAGGUGUCUCCUAGAGGGUUUUAAAGAAGCAAAAGAAGCUCUCUCCAAAAAUUUUUUAUUGCCUUUCUAUGCGAACUAGCCACAUCAGAAGCUAUUUAUUUACUGUGAAUGCUUGAAAUAGAGCAUAGUGGUUCCAAAAAUAGGAGUCAUCUUCAUAUGCAGCUUCAAACUGUAAUGAUGGAGUUCAUGCAAUGAAGAACGUAGAUUCCUUAUUGCCUGGUCCUGUAGGUCUGUCCAGCACGGUCUGGUCCCACUGUCUUAAAUGGGAGCUGAGCGUUUAGCAUCUUACAGAUGUUUGUAACACGACUGUUGGAGAACCAAAUGGGUGGUAUAGGCGGGCAAUAUACAAUGCAGGUCCUUUAUGUUAAAGAUUAAUUCUUACCGGUUGGAAUUUUUGCCAAGGCAGGCUUGGCAUGUGUGUAGAUGAAGAUGGCUGUGAGCCAUCAGCCACGCUUGCUGCUGGAAGAUGUCGGCAAGGGAUCUGUGGCUCUGUUAAUGUCUUCUCUUCCUCAUGUCUUGAAGGCUGCAGCUGCUCCAGCUAAUGCCCUCUAGGACAAUCUUACAUGCUUGCCUAUCUGAUAGGUUAGACGGCAACAACAUCGUGGUUGUAUGCUCCAGCAGCAAGAGAGGUGGCGUAGUGAUGUAUUUUUUAAAUUAAAAACUUGAAGACAAUGUCUCUGUAAAAUAAAGAAUAUAUUUAUUAUUGAAGUGGCUGCUAUAGUACCUGUCUCCAUUGCAGAUCGUUAGCAUUUUGAAAGAAAGCUGUGAAAAUCAUUAGCCAUUAAAUGCUUAAUGUUAUUUACCAUUUAACACUAGGCAAGCUCAGCAGAGAAAGCCUUUGUAUUUUCACAAUUUCUGAAGGAUUAACUGGAGACCUGUUACCUUACAUGUACUGAGUUACAAGUAAGCUUCUUUCGCUGACUUGUUCUAGUUGGCAGUGAUUUCUCUCCGGUCUCGGUAACAGAGACGCUACAGCAGUGUACAGUACCCUGUUCUAGUAGAGUGCUUCCCUGAAGUCAAAAUUGGAAUCAAAUGCUUCUUUAUUUGUUCUGUUCUUUAAGCAUUUGCUUGUUCUCUAUCAGGUUAAAUAGCUUAAAACCUCUGUUCUUCGGCAUCACUUUCGUAAACGAGAAAGGGAGAAUCUCUCCCUAUUUUACAUAAAAAGGAAAAUGUCUUCUCUGAAAUGCUUAACUGGUAAUCAAGUAGCACUGCAUCGGAAGAUGGUAAUAAAGCUGAUAUUGCACUGAGAA